UUUAAUUUUUGCAAUUUCCUUCAAAAAAUGCCUUCUUUCAUUUGCAUGCCUUUUUUCGCCUGCAAUCGUCAAAUUGAUUUAAUUGAUCGACGACAAUGUAAUCUUCAAUCAAUUCCUGGCGAUCUUGAACGUUAUGCACGUUCACUUGAAGAACUUCUUUUGGAUAUGAAUCAUAUAAAUUCCCUUCCAAAAUCACUUUUUCGGCUUCAUAAACUUCAACGGCUUGGUUUGAGUGACAACGACAUUCAUCGUUUACCUCCCGAAGUUUCUGGCCUUCAAAAUUUAGUUGAGCUAAAUUUGAGCAGAAAUGAUAUAUCCGAUCUCCCAGAGGAAUUGAGGAUCUGCCAAAAUCUCCAAGUCCUCGACAUUUCUUCUAAUCCCAUUGCUCGACUUCCCGAUUCAAUUACUCUUUGUACUUCACUUGCACAACUCUCAUUGAACGACAUUUCUUUAACUAAACUCCCUCAAGAUAUUGGAAAGUUGGUGUCAUUGAAAUCGUUGGAAGUUAGAGAAAACCAUUUGCGAGCUUUACCUGUCUCAAUUUCUGAAUUGAAGCAGUUGCAGAGGCUGGAUUUGGGGCAGAACGAACUGGAUGAAUUGCCUAACGAAAUUGGCUUUCUACGUUCAUUGCAAGAAUUAUACAUUGAUGAAAAUAGUUUGGAAAAAUUGCCUGAUUCAAUUCUUCACUGUACUCGUUUAGAACAAUUAGAUUUAACAUCAAAUCGACUUUUUCAAUUACCUGAAGAUAUUGGAGAUCUUUCAAAUUUGGUUGAUUUAACUGCUUCACAUAAUUGUAUUCGAGAAUUGCCGAGUUCUAUAGGUCGUCUAAAACGCUUAUUCAUUCUCAAAAUGGACGAUAAUAUGAUUGGCUCUGUUACUCCAGCUAUUGGUGGAUGUAUUAAAUUAAGUGAGAUUUAUUUGCAGCAGAACCCUAUCACUGAGCUUCCAAGCUCUAUUGGAAAUCUCAAGUAUUUACAAACUUUAAAUUUGGAUCGUUGUCAAUUACGCCAAUUACCUUCUCUAAUAGGCGAAUGUCAAUCUUUAAAUGUACUUCAAGUGAGAAAUAACCAGUUAGAAGAAUUACCAAUGGAGAUUGGAAAAUUGGCAAAAUUAAAAGUUUUUGAUGUUUGUAACAAUAUGCUUACACAUUUACCUUAUACGAUAAAUGUUCUCCGUGAAUUACAAGCACUUUGGUUAUCCGAAAAUCAAUCUCAAGCACUUGUUCGCCUCCAACAAGAAACUGACUCGAGAAGUGGAAUAAAAAUAUUGACUUGUUAUUUGUUGCCACAAGUGGAUUCUCAAAAUAAAUCUGGCAAUAAUUCACAACCACCAAAUUCAAAUAAAUCAGGCGGAUUUGUUGGUGGCCCAAAGGUUCAUUUUGGUGUAGAUGAAGCGGAAAGAGAAGAAGUUAGUGCCGAUAAAGCUCAGAAUUUUGAAAGAAAAAACACUCCCCAUCCAAAACCGAGUGCUUCUACAAGUUCUAGUACUUCAAAACAUCACAAAAAACAGCAUGUUGAUGGCCAUAUUGCUGCUAAAGUUGAAGAGCAUCCAAAAUCAAUUGUUCUUAGUGGUAGCGUUAAAAAAAUAAGUCAGGACCAUAGUUCUGCUCAUGCUGCUGUGCCUAGUUGUUCUACCUCCAUUGCCAUUGAACAAAAGAACACUCUUCCAAGAUCAGCACUUAAAUACCCGUCACGUAUGCAAUCGUUUACUGAAGCUCAACAGCAACAACAGCCUAUUAUUGAGUUACAAAAAUCACCAAAACAGCAAACACAAAAACAACAAAAAGCUGUAAUCUUCAAUAAUGGCAAAACUACUGCAAAAGAAGAAUCAUCUUCAAAUGAGUGCAGACUAAAACGAGUCAAUACUCCACACUAUAAAAGUCAACGUGCUGCGGCAGCAGCUGCAGCGGCGGCUGAAAGCGGUGAUAAUUCACAAAAUCAAUCAAAUCGUCGACAGUUGCCAAAAACUCCAGCAAAUGCUGUUGGAGAUCCAGUUCCUCCUGUUUCAACUGGAAUCGACCAAAAUGACGGUAUGCGCAUUCAGUCGGCGCAAGGAGGUAGCAUCAGGGAGCUAGAAAGAAAACGGGUCGUUGUACGGCGUGGAGAUGGAAGUGGGGGCGGUUUAGGACUUUCAAUUGCUGGGGGUAUUGAAUCUACACCUUUUAUUGAGAAUGAUUCUGGAAUUUUCAUAUCAAAACUUGUAUCAGGUGGGGCAGCUGAACGUGUUGGUUUGCGUCCGGGUGAUAAAGUACUGGAGAUUAAUGGAACUUCUAUGAUAGGAAAACGACACCAAAGUGCUGUUGAUUGUAUCCAACAAUCAGUUGGUGAAUUGGAGUUGGUUAUAGAAAGACGGAGAAGUGGAACAAUUCAAAGUGGUCCUUCAACAAGCGUUCCUUCUUUGCACCAACAAAAUAAUUUAUCAAGUAAUAAAUCAACAACAGCUUCAACUUCUAAAAUUUCUAACACUCCAGCUUCAUCUCAAAAUCAAAAUUCCAGCUUUUCAACCCCCGCCACAACGAAACUCCUUGCACAACAACCCAAAUCACCUUCUCAUCUUUCACAAUCAUCAUUUCCAAUUUUAAGUUCAUUUGCUACAACCCCAACAGUUACAGCGCCUUCACAUUUUACCUCGGCUAAUACUGCUAACACUUCAUUUUCUUCUCUUCCAGUUGCGCAAAAUGAAUAUAUUAAUAUUACUUCUAAAACAACUACAAAUAAAAAUCCCCCUUCUAAUUUAAUUAUAAUUGAUGGCUCCAUAGAAGAUAUUGUACUUGUUAGAGAUAGUACAGCUAAUUCUCUUGGAUUAUCAAUUGUCGGUGGCGUUGAUCAUUGUUCUCAUCCUUUUGGUUCUUCUUUAAAGCCUGGUGUUUUUAUUUCAAAAAUAACGCAGCGUUCUCCAGCGGCAAUUUGUGGAAAUUUACGAAUUGGUGAUCGUAUUUUAAAAGUUAAUGAUGCUGAUAUUUCGCGUGCAAAACAUAAUGAGGCUGUUGAGAUCCUUAAGUCAACUGGUUGUUCAAUCCGUCUAACUGUUUGUCAUGAACCACAGCCAAAAGGAUUGCGCUCUGCAAUUAUUCAACGUCAAUUACACGAACCGCUUGGCUUGAGCAUUUGUGGAGGAAUUGGCGGCACGCCUGUAAAUCCUGAAGAUUCUACAGAUGAAGGAAUAUUUAUUGAGCGAGUUGAAAACAUGGGACCUGCAGCAAUAAGCAAUGUUGGGCUUUGCGUUGGUUUACGCAUCUUGGAGGUUAAUGAUGAUUCAUUGCUUGGCUGUACAAAAGAGGAAGCCGCUCAAAUAUUUCGACGCUCCGCCCCAGGCGCUGUUCGCUUACUUAUUUGCGAUGGUUUAUCUCCUCCAUCUGUCAAUUCCGCCCUUCGUCCACAAAUAUCCUCUAUUACUGUUGCAACUUCUCCUACAUCUUUAAAUGCGCCUACUUUAAAUGACUUAGGAUUACCACUUUCAAAUCAUUCACAAAACAAUUUAACAGAAAUUGAAAAAGAAAAUAAAAUUGCUUCAGAGAUGUUAUCUUCUUCAACUCCAAUUGAAUAUUCUCCGAGAAAAGAACCAGAAAUUAUUCAAAAUAAUUAUGUUAACAGUGAAAAUAUGCAACAAAAACAACAACAAAAUUUAUCAAAUCAAGCCAGUCAACAACAACCGGCUAAGAUUAUUUCAACAUCUAAUUCUACAAAUUUCUCAAUCUUGCCUCCUUCACCAGCAAAAAUUUUAACGCCAGUUGAAGAUUUCCCCAGUCACUCUGUUUUUGAUCCAAGUCAACAAACAAUUAAUUCGGUAGAUACAGCAAAAAUUAACACAAACACUUCAAACAUGGUAGUCACACCUUCAAUUGAACAGAAUAAUCCAAAGCAAGCAACCGACCCGUCAUUCAGCUCCAAGCUGAAGUUAUUCGAGCAUUUGCAAUCAGCUAAUUCUGCUUCAACAAAUAAUAAUAUAUCGAAUAGGCCACAACGCCUACCUGGAAUUCCACCAAAAAAGCCGCUAAUUAGUGCUCAGGAAAUGGAAAGACUUCGGGAAGUUGGUGGUUCUAAUGAUAAAAGAAUCAACGCUUUGAAUGAUUUUUCUCCACAAGAAGAGCAUCUAAAUUCAACAGUUGAACAACUUGACUCGUUUCUUUUGGAUGGCCGCUCUGACCAACAACCUUCAAUAAUUCGCACAAAGAAAGCUGAAAUCAGAGCUGAAAAGGAUCGGAUUGCUUCAUCUCCUUUCAUAACAAAUGGCACUAACGAGCAACCAACUGACACCCCUUUGUCUAGAGAUAGUCCUUCUUUUAGUCAGAAAGCAGCGGAAAUUGAGAAACGCAGAGAAUGGAGACAAGCUAGACUUCAAAGUAUGGAUGUUGAAUCUAGACGUACGGGAGAUUUGGUAAAAAUAAUUGCUAAUGCCACAACGACAGAAACUACCAGAUAAAUUUAAAUUAAAUAUUAAAAAUAGAGUUCGCAACAAAAA